AUGCAACACUGUGACUGUGGAUUUGUCUUGGUCCCUACAGACGAUAUAGCUGCUUUGAGCACUGAUUCAAUGGGAAAAGAUAAUGAAGGAGUUAACACUGAAAAUACUUAUAAAACCACUGCUGUACCAGCCUCUCCUUUGGAGCACGGCCCCAGCAAGACAAACACUAGGGUGCUUAAUUCUGGUAAAAAUAAAAAUAAAAAUAUAGUAGAAAAACAUGUUUCUUCUUCUUCUCUGGAGCCACCUUCUACCAAAAUCCCAAGGCAUGUGUUGAUGCGCACAUAUUUAUUCCAAAAAGAGAUCCAUUUAGACGUUGGUGUGGAAAACCUUGCCCAGGGCAUAGUACACUUAAUCAGCGCACUGCUUAAUUCAGGCGCUAACAGAAUCUUCAUAGACCAGGUCUGGGCGGAGCAAAUUGGACUCCCCCUUGUAAAAUUAGAUGUAUCUAUUCCUGUCUAUUAUGUUGACGGUACACUGAACACGGGUGGCUGCAUUACGCACAAAUGUUCUUUUCAUCAGGAAAAACCAUUUUGCUAUAUAGCUGGCCUUAUAGUUACUAUGUCAGCUAUACCAGAGUGA